ACAUUUGAAUUGAUUAUUAUUAUUGUGAUGUGAAUUGUCAUUUGAUGGCUAUAACAACAACCACAACAACAAGAAGACACCACACACUUUAUUCUCAUUUGUCUCAUUGAAACAUUACCCAGAAUUUUUUUUUUCAAUUCAUCACCUUAACUAAUGUGACUAAUGUAAACGGAAAAAAGCUUUGUUUUGAUUUUUUUAAACGUUUUUAUAUCUUUGGUUAUUUCAUCAUCAUUUGUUUUAAUUGUUUAUAAUUGUUUUCAUCAUUUUCUUUCCACAAUCGAAUCGUAUGAAUGAAUCCAUGGUGUUAUAGUAUUGAUUGAAAAAAAUGAAAAUAAUAUUUAACUGCUGCUUGUGAAUGGAUACACGAUCGUCUUUCAUUGCCGCCAUAUUAUGUUCUUGUUCUUCUUUUUCUGUUAUUUUCCUCCCUCCUCUUCUCCUACAAUUAUUGUGAACAAAAUGAUGAAAAAUUCGGUAUUGACCAUAUAAGAUCAAUACAAAAUGAUGCCAUACAAAUAACAUCAAAGUAAAUUUUUUAUUUUAUUAUUUUUAUGACAGUGAAAAUUUAACUUUCACAUAUAUACACACACUCACACACAGAUGAGGAAAACUCAUUUUUUUCUUCUCAUUUAAAAAUUAUUAUUCAAAAACAUCUUUAACUUCCACUUAUCUACCUCAAAAUUUUUUCAAAAAAAAAUCGUUAAUCAGGAAUCUACUCUACUAUAAUCAUCUAUUUUGUCUUCAUAAUCAACGCAAUUCAUUUUUUUCACUUUAUUAUUAUUAUUAUUAGCAAUCGACAGAAGGAAACAGAAAAAAAACAAACCGUCACGCUCAAACGUCUCGAUGUUACCUUACCGAUAUCAUAAUUUCGGUAAUCUACCAUUGAAUACGUUUCUCGAAGGAUUAGAUGCACGUCAACCAACAAUAAGUAAUUUUAUCCAUCCACAACCGGAACACCUCCAUCAUCAAAAUCACCAACAGCAGCAGCCUCAGCAGCUUCGGCAAAAUCUAAAUUCGCCUGAUCCAAAUAAUAAUAUAACGACACAUCGUAGUUCACCCAAAUCGAAAUCCUCUUCAUCAAAUCGGCAAACAUCAAUCGAUGAGAUGGCUGCUAAUCUGACACCAACAUUAUUAUCGACAUCUUCGAUUCCAUUCUCUCAGGCUCAACAGUUGCAAACCUCACAUCAGGCAUCAAGCGCAGCGAUUCAACAACAGCUAGUUCAACAACAACAACAACAGCAGCAGCAACAACAACAACAGCAACAACAACAAACUGGUACGAAUAAUCGCUCAAGAGUAAAGAAUCGUUCUUCCAAUAAUCACGCAGCAAAUCAUGCAAAUAUUGGUGGUUUGAAUGGUCUGGCCGCUGCUAACGUGCAACCAGCUCAACAUAUAUUUGGCACUUCGGUUGCUUUUCCAGGGAAUCCGUUACAAUCGGCUGCUGCGGCAGCCGCGGCCGCUGGCCAAGGUAUUCAGAAUCAAAAUUUUCAUAGUCAACAUCAAACAGCCGCCAGACUUAAUCAGAUGCAACAACAUUCAUCAGCGGCCGGGCAGCAACAACAAGCUGUAUUAUUACCGUUAGAAAUUAAUCCUGGACAAACUAGAAAUCUGGUUUCAGCAAAUAACAGCAGUAGUAGCACUAGUAGUGGGAGUGGCGCCAACGUGAUUACAUCGAAUAGUGCAGCUGCAGUGGCUGCCGCCGUGGCUGUUGCUCAUCCACAAUAUACUCAAUACAUUACCUCAUGGCCAUGUCCAGCCUGUAAAAUUGCAUUCCGAUCUGCAAAUGAAUUACAGACUCAUUUGAGUGCUCAUUUUGUGCCGUCCCAAAAGCAAUCAUUACAAAAUCAGAAUCAAUUGAUAGUUAGUUCAAAUACAAUCACCAACAACAAUUCAUUUAACAAAACAACAACUACAUCUUCGAAAGAAGAUCAAAGUAUUCACAUGAAAAAGGACAAAUCUGUACCAUGCAAUGAAUGUGGAAAAUUAUUCGCCAACGCCGAAAGAGUUCGUGUUCACGUGAGGGUUGCACACGGUGAGAAAACUUGUUCUUGUGCGAUUUGUGGCUGUGGCUUCUCAUAUCGCUGCAAGCUGCUAAAUCAUAUGAGAACUCACACAGGUGAUAAACCGUUCACUUGUGAAGUAUGUGGCCGAUCAUUUUCGCAAAAAAAUCAUUUGAAACGGCAUCAUAUGAUCCACACUGGUGAAAGACCAUUUCCAUGUGAAAUUUGUGGACGUAGUUUCUAUCGCAAAGAUAAACUAACUCGACAUCUUCGUAUUCAUACGAAUCCGAGUCCUGGCCGUGGUCGCAAUGCUAAAAUGCCGGCAACGGUAGCUAAUCAAACGACUGUUGCCAAUUCCGCACUUAAAUUGCCAAUGACAACACAAUCAUUGACCUCAUUACCGGCAUCGGCCAUUCAAUUGUUACCUGUAACAAUGACUCAAAUCAAGACCUCAACCAAUAAUAGUACCAUUGGAGGUCAUACAUCAUGGGCAACACAGCUACAAUCAUCAUCAAAUAAUCGUCAACAGAACAAUCAGGACAAUGGCAUUAAUAAAUCCAACGAGGAUUCAUCGCAGCAGCAACAACAACAACAGCAGCCAUCCAAUUUGAUGUUAAAACAGGAACAGAUGUAAAAUGGAAAUGAUGUGUGUCCA